AUGAUCACGCAGUUACUCUACUGGGCUGAAACUAAACUCCUUUUCUCAUCAUCCAAUGAUGGAACUAUUGUGGUCUGGACUAUCGGGGCCACCGUAUUUGACCGUAUUAUGUUAAAUACCUCUGUAUUCUGCAUGGCAAUCAAUCACCGGAGACAUCAGCUCAUUUGUGGAUUCAAAAACCAGCUCAGAGUUUUUCCCUUGGAUGAAAAGAGAGACUCUGGACACGUGCUUGAUCUGGGAAAGAGCUUCACUAACUGCAAGCAUGAAGACAUUGUGUCAGCCGUGGUUUGUCUUGACACCCGGAUAUAUUCUGCUGGAUAUGACAAAAAACUCAUCAUUUACAACACCAGCUCAUAUCCAAACAGUAGAACCCUGCAGGUCAUCCACUGUAACUCAACUGCACAUGAUGCAGGAAUCACAAAUCUGAUGAUCGUUCAAGAAAUGGAGAGCACAAGGUGGCUGAUGACUGGCUCCUUUGAUAAAAGUGUUAAAGUCUGGUCGCAGGAUGGACAGCUGAUCUUGAAGCUCCCUUACUUUUCUGGAUUUAUAACCCAGAAGGAGCCGAUACUCCUUUUCAGUGGACACAGUGAUGGAACGAUAAUAAAAUGGGAACGGCAGCAGUCAUCUUACUUUCUCUACAGUCAUGAGUUGUUCAAUAUGUUUGAAACACAGUCCGUAGAAAGGAGCAGCUACAGCAGCGGCAAAGUGGCGAGGAUCUCCAGUCACCACAAAGUUCUGUCAGCCCGACGUCCUGUAGGUGCAUCUCUAAGCAGAGUAGAGGGAUCAUCUGGAGUUAAGGAGCUGUGUAAACCCACCAUCCCACCCAGCUUUACCAGGUCGGUUUAUGUGGAAGAGCUGGAUGUGCUGGUCCUUGCUGCUGACAAUGGUAAUAUUUAUCUUUGGGGCUUCGAUGACUCUCUGUGUAGUAUUCUCAAGAUGAUGCCUUCAAAAAGGACUCAAGAGCAGAAUAACACAAAGACUUUUGAGUACUUUUCCAAGCAGAGUGCUGACAGACAAUGCAGUCCCCUUGAAGAGGAGAACGUUUUGGUUACUAACCGUGUUUCAGGGUUUGUCUGUAAGAAGGUGUUGUCUCAUCAUGUUCAGCCUGUUGGAGGUAUUGCUGUGGUUGGAAGAGAUCAAGGCUACAACACUGACUACCUGAUUUCUGGUGGUUGGGACAGGCAUCUAUGUGUGUGGGAUCUGCAAACGGGUGUGUUGUACAACACAUUCUCCAACACUGCGCCAGGUGAGGGUGGCAAUGUACAGGAGCUGGCCUGUGACGGUGCCAUUUUAGAUCUUGCCUACAACCCAAAACGGAAUGAAUUUGCCUAUUCUUCAAGUGAUGGGAUGGUCUACAUUCGCCACUUCAGCCCCAUCACAAGUGAGAUGAAACUGGUGAGUGUUCUUCAAGGUCACGAGGCUGACAUCACUUCCAUCUUGUGGCAUUCCCUCUUAAAUAAGUGGCUGAGUGGUUCAGAGGAUGGGACUAUCCGGAUCUGGAGUGAAGAUGGAACCCAAUGUGAGCAGCUCUUGGUCACACACCGAGCAGUUAAUUGUCUUUGCAUUGAUCAGGUCAAUGGCUGUAUUAUAGCUGGGAUUCAAGAAAGAAUGAGUGUUUAUGAUCCUGAAACAUUUAUAGAAGUGCAGAGAAAUAUUGGACACACUGAUUCAAUCUGUUCCAUCAUCCACAUCCCUGAAAGAACCCAGAUGUAA